AAAGACAACGCCACUGGCCACGAGUAUUCGGAUUUUCAUUUUCAUUCGUAUUCGGCAUUCUCAUUCUACAUUCUGCAUUUGUACCGUAACAAUCGUUACAAUCAACCGACCACUUAAACUUUAUUGAAGUAUAUAUUUAUUUUCUAGAUUUAUCACAACGAUAAAUUAUAAAAUAACUUCGCAAUGGCUAUACACAUUAAAGAUCUCGCUGAUUUAAAGAAAAGAAUCGAUGAAGCUGGUGAUAAACUCUUAGUAGUUGAUUUCCAUGCUACCUGGUGCGGUCCCUGCAAAGUAAUCGGCCCAAAAUUCGAAGAGCUAGCGACAAUCCAUGAAGAUGUGAUAUUUGUUAAAGUCGAUGUUGACGAGUGUGAAGAAAUCGCUACUGUGUACGAAGUCUCCAGUAUGCCAACAUUUAAGUUUUUCAAGAAAGGCAAACCAGUUGAGACUAUCGUCGGUGCUAGUGAAGCUAAACUUAAAGAAGCGAUUGAAAAAUUAAAGUAAUCAAUAAAAACAAAAAAUAAUAAUAAUUUAAAUGCCUUAAAAAAUGUUGAAUUGAGAAUAAAAAAAAAUCACAAUUAGCUUAAAAAAUUGUUGCUUUAUUUGUAAUUAUUUGUACAGUAUCAUUCUUAUAUUUUGCAACACUCAAUGUAGGUAGCAUUUAUUUUUGUUUAAAAUGAGUUGAACAAUCAAUAAUAAAAAACCUUAAAUUCA